AUGAUUCUUAAUAAAAAACAAAAAAAACAAGAACUUUCAAAAAAUCCAAAAAGAUCACGAAUAUCGAAUGAUAAUUAUGCUUUCCAAUCUUCUGAACCUAUUGAGUCUUCUAUUGAAAAUGCUGAAACUACAUCUGAAAAUGAAGAGUGCAUAUCAGAUACCAAUGACAAUCUAUUACAAAAUUCAGACUCUAUUCCAGACAGCUAUAGACCUUUAUCAAAAGCAAGUGCCAGCAAGUUAGGUAGUGAACAAACAUGCAAUAUAAUCUGUAAUACUGGUGGAUUGACAGGAAAUAUGUGGGACCAUCUUUCUAGUUGGAUUAUUAAUAAUGCGCAACUAUUAUAUCUUUUAGAAUCACAAAAAUUUAAAGCAUUUGUUGCCACUUUGGAUCCUUAUUAUGAAUUACCUACCCGUAAAGCUGUUAAAUCAAUGAUACAUGAUGCUUAUAAUUUUUCUUCUAAUAUUUUGAAACAAAAAUUAAGAGAUACUGCAACUUCAUAUUUACUUAUAUGUAAUCUUUGGACUAGUAGAAAUCAUAAAGCAUCCUUGGUAUUACCUGUCAUUGGAUCGAUCAGGAUUUCAAACUGA